AUGGGUUACGCAUCGAGUGGAGCAGGGCGCGCUGCGCAUGAGGCGCUGUUGGCGCGCCAGGAUGCCGAGCUUAGGCUCAUGGAGACCAUGAAGAGGUCUCUGCAAGCUAAAAUGAAGAGCGAUCGCGAAUAUGCUCUGGCGCUGUCUGCUGCCGCUGCACACGGCCAGAAGAUGGACAAAUGUGAAGAACUUAACGGGUCGGUAAUAGCGUCAGCCUGGCGCGCCAUGACCGAAGAGUGGGAAAACAUUAGUCGACUCAUCAAGUCUAACGCUGAAGCCUUAGAGUCGAAGGCAUUGGACAGACUGACUAGCCUCAUGGCAGAACGACGGAAGUCACGGAAAGCGUAUCAAGAGGAUCAUACUAAAAUAUCUUCGCAGUUUACUCAGGUAUGUACAGAAUUCUUUAAUAUAUGUACUUUUUAG